UCCUAUGUUAUUUCCUGUGUGUGUGUGUGAGGGGAGAAUGGAGAGAGAAACCUCGGAACCACCACCGCGGAGCCUCCCUCGGCUCGAAGCGGAUCCCCGCCGUCCCACGCGCCGCUGAGAAGCGCCGUCCGCUCCGCGCUCCCCCCCCUUAGGGGGGCGGGGAAGGACAGCGACGCUGAGGUAACGGCUUCGGCGGGUUGCUGAGCUGUCAGUCUGCAGCUGAACAGCAUGCAGUCCUUUCGAGAGCAAAGCAGUUACCACGGAAACCAGCAGAACUACCCACAGGAAGUGCAUGGUGCAUCCCGUCUAGAAGAAUUUAGCACCCGCCAGCAGGCUCAGAUGUUCCAGAGUUUUGGAGGAGGUGGCAGCAACAGUGGGCGCCGUGGAGCAGCAGGCAGUUCUGCCUCAAUGGCUGGUGAGAGCUCUGGACAUCAGAGCUAUCAAAGUUUCAGAAAGGAAGCAGGAGAAUUCUACUAUAUGGCCUCAAGUAAGGAUCCUGUGGCAGCCGGAGGGCAGCAACUUCCUCAGCGCAGGCCUUCUGGGCCAGUACAGAGCUAUGGACCACCCCAAGGGAGCAGCUUUGGGAGUCAGUAUGGGAGUGAAGGUCACGUGAGCCAGUUUCAAACGCAACACUCAUCCCUUAGUGGUGUGACCCAUUAUCAACAGGAUUAUACUGGUCCUUUCUCCCCUGGAAGUGCUCAGUACCAGCAGCAAAGUUCGAGCCAGCAGCAGCAACAGGUUCAGCAGAUGAGACAACAGCUCUACCAGUCUCAUCAGCCUUUGCCACAAGCCUCCAGCCAGUCUGCCUCCAGCACAUCUCAUAUGCAGCCAAUGCAGCGUACUUCAACUCUGCCUUCCUCUGCUUCUGGCUAUCAGUUGCGAGUGGGUCAGUAUAGCCAACACUAUCAGCCUCCUGCUGCUUCUUCCUCUUCUUCCUUUCCUUCUCCUCAGCGUUUUAGCCAAUCUGGGCAGAACUAUGAUGGCAGUUACAGUGUGAAUGCUGGUUCACAGUAUGAAGGACAUGCUGUUGGGUCGGGUUCGCAAACUUAUGGAGCUCAGUCAAACUACACCUUUCAGGCACAGCCAAUGAAGAACUUUGAACAGUCAAAGUUACCCCAAGGCAGUCAGCAGGCACAGGGACAGGGACAGGGACAGGGACAGCAGUCACAACAGCAGCAGCAGCAGCCGCCUCCCUCACAGCAUGUAAUGCAGUACUCAAAUACUGCAACCAAACUGUCUCUUCAGAGUCAAGUAGGUCAGUACAACCAGGCUGAGGUUCCUGUGAGAUCACCCAUGCAGUUCCACCAGAAUUUUAGUCCUAUAUCUAACCCCUCACCAGCUGCCUCUGUGGUCCAGUCCCCAAGCUGCAGCUCCACACCAUCUCCUCUCAUGGCAGGUGGUGAGAACCUUCAGUGUGGACAAAGCAACAUGCCUGUAGCCUCUAGAAACCGCAUUUUACAAAUGAUGCCUCAGCUUAGUCCAACACCAUCCAUGAUGCCAAGUCCCAAUGCUCAGGGUGGAGGAUUCAAGGGAUUUGGGCUUGAAGGACUGCAGGAAAAGAGGCUUACAGAUCCAGGACUAAGCAGCCUAAGUGCUUUAAGUAGUCAAGUGGCUAAUCUUCCCAAUACAGUCCAGCACAUGCUACUUUCAGAUGCUUUGGCACCUCAAAAGAAAAACUCCAAAAGAUCUUCACUAUCUAAAAAGGCUGAUAGCUGCACAAACUCAGAAGGCUCUUCCCAAGCAGAGGAACAGCUCAAGUCUCCUCUGGCAGAAUCAAUUGAUGGUGGCUGCUCCAGUAGUUCGGAGGACCAAGGCGAGAGGGUGAGACAACUGAGCGGUCAGAGUACCAGUUCUGAUACCACCUACAAGGGGGGUAAUUUAGAGAGAUCCCACCCAUCACCAACACAAGCAUCUCAAAAUGAGCCUCCAAAGCUCAGCACUAGCCCUGCAGAUGAGGAAGAAGUGGCCUCUCCCCCUGAUGAAAAGGAGGCCUUGGUUGCUGUGGAGACACCUCCAAAGGUCAAUGAAAAGGCAGUUGGUGUGAUAGUUUCCCGAGAAGCUAUGACAGGCAGAGUGGAAAAGUCAGGUGGGCAGGAUAAGCAGCAACAAGAUGAUGUUUCCACAGGUGCUCAAGCACCACCUUCUGCCAGUGUGAUGAAAGACACUGGGCUUCUGGGACCACAGCAAGAGCCACAAGGAGGGAGUAAGGGGAGCAAAAGUGGGGACAGCAGCACUAACCACAACGGAGAUGGAAACGGACAGCUUGGUCAUGCUGUUGUUGGCUCCAGUUUUCCAGGCAGAACCGAGCCUUCAAAAUCCCCUGGUAGUUUGAGGUAUAGCUACAAAGACAAUAUUGGGGUUAGUAUGCAGAGAAAUGCUGGCAACUUCCCUCAGUAUCCUUCAGGUCAGGAUAAAGGGGAUUUUCCAGGGCAUAGUGAGCGAAAGGGCAGGAAUGAGAAAUUUCCUAGUCUGUUGCAGGAAGUUUUGCAAGGCUAUCACCAUCACCCUGACAGAAGAUAUUCUAGAAAUGCACAAGAUCAUCAUGGGAUGACUGGAACUCUCGAGGGUACCAUGAGACCCAAUGUCCUGAUCAAUCAAGCCAAUGAAUUAAGUAAUAGAGGUCUUUUAAACAAAAGCAUAGGCUCUCUCUUGGAAAAUCCACACUGGAGCCACUGGGAUAGAAAGUCUAGUGGCACAACUUCUGAGAUGAAACAGAUAAAUCUAGCUGACUAUCCCAUGCCUCGAAAGUUAGAGAUAGAGUCCCAAUCCUCUGCUCAUGAAGGUGGAGGACUCUCUGAGAGGAGAUCAGUUAUUUGUGAUAUAUCACCCUUGAGGCAGAUUGCUAGAGAACCUGGGCCUCACUCUCUGGGACACAUGGGUCCUGAUGGCAGGAGUGGAAGGAGUGACCGUCUAACUCCUGGUCAGUCAGUCAUCCUUCCUGGUGGUCUGGUGACCAUGGAAGCAAAGCUAAAGUCUCACAGUGGGCAAAUCAAGGAAGAAGAUUUUGAACAAUCUAAGACCUCUGCCAACAUCAACAAUAAAAAAUCUGGAGACCAUUGUCAUCUUGCAAGUUUUAAGCAUGAGUCUUACCGAGGUAAUGCUAGCCCAGGAGCUGCAGCUCUUGAUUCUGCAGCAGAAUACCUUUUGCAACAAGAUAACCGAUCACAGCUCAAGCGAGGACCUGGCAGAAUGGGAAACAGCCGAGAGGGAAUGAGAGGUAAAUCUCCCUCUCAGUUUCAUGAUCUGGCAGACAAAUUAAAGAUGUCACCAGGUAGAAGCAGAGGUCCAGGCACAGAUCUUCACCACAUGAAUCCACACAUGGUGCUUUCUGACAGGGUGAACCGGGCUUCCUUACACUCUCCUUUCCCUCCAAAUUCUGAAAGCUCAUCGUUAGCUUCAGUUUAUCACACUAAUGCUCGAUCUCAUGCUUUUGGUGAUCCUAACCAGGGGCUGAAUUCCCAGUACCACUACAAAAGGCAGCUGUACCAACAACAACAGGAAGAAUACAAAGAUUGGAGUAGCAGCUCUGCCCAGGGAGUGAUUGCAGCUGCUCAGCAUAGGCAGGAGACAGCAAGAAAGAGCCCAAGGCAACAGCAGUUCUUGGACAGAGUAAGGAGUCCUUUGAAAAAUGACAAGGAUGGAAUGAUGUAUCUCCAUUCUGGUUCUUACCAUGAUGCUGUCAGCCAAGACGCAAGCCGUUGCUUGUUAGGGAGUGAUGGGUCUCUUCAAAAUAAGUGUGCUGAAAUUAAACAUUUGAAUCAAAAGAUUCAGCAACAAGAAUCUGGUUGGGAUCUUUCCCGACAGGUGACUACUGGGAAAAACAGUGGCUCUCUAGGAGCAACUAGUCAGAAGAGAUUUGCAUCUCAAGAUAGUGAUACACACAAGCGUGAAGAUGCUGGAGAUGUACUUAAAUCUGGCAAUGCCAUGGUAAGGAUUCCUGGCCAUGAAGAGCAGUCUUCUCAAAAUCCUUUAAUCAUGAGAAGGAGAGUCCGCUCUUUUAUCUCUCCUAUUCCCAGCAAGAGGCAGUUGCAGGAAAUGAAGAAUAGUGGCACUGAAGACAAAGGACGCCUGCUCACUUCGUCAAAGGAUGGAGCUGAUAAAACACUCAACUCCUAUGCCCAUUCUUCCCAAAGCCAAGAUGUUAGUAAGUCACUCUCAAAAGGAGAAUCUCCUAGGAAUCUUCCAAGUCCUGACAAUAGAAAUUGCUCUGCUGUUUCCCUCACAAGCCCAGCUAAAACAAAAAUUCUGCCUCCACGGAAGGGCCGUGGGUUAAAAUUGGAAGCUAUUGUUCAAAAAAUCACAUCCCCUAAUGUUCGGAGGAGUGCUUCUUCAAAUUGUGCUGAAGCUGGCCCAGAUGCAGUAACCCUUGAUGACAUUCUGUCACUGAAGAGUGGCCCAACAGAGGGUGGGAAUGUGUUCAAUCAUGGAAUAGAAGCAGAAAAUAUAAAAGAAGAAAUUGUGCUGGAUCAAGAGAGCCAGGAAUUGACUAGUGAAAUUUCUCUGACAAUACCUUCUGAAGAAUGGCAUGCGGAUAGAGAUGAGGUAGUAAAAGACGAGACAUCUGAACUUGCAAGUGUUGUCAAGGAGGCCCCAGUGCCUACUGUGAUCCCAGCACCUUCACAAAAAUCUGUUUGUCAGGGAAGAACAGAUGGCUCACUAACUGGGGCAGGAUCUAUAAGCUUUUCUGAAUUAAAAACAGUCUCUCCAUCCAAAGUCUUGACUCCUGAACCAAAUCUAAAGCCUGAAGAGAAGGGUGGAGAUGCAGUCAUUGUGACACCCAAGCCAGAUCCUUUUCCUCCAAAGGGUUAUUUUCCUUCUGGUAAGAAGAAGGGGCGGCCUAUUGGUAGUGUAAACAAACAGAAGAAGCAGCAGCAGCAACAACAGCAGCCGCCUCCGCUGCCGCCUCCACCACCGCCGCCACCGCCACCUCAACAACAGUUGCUGCUUCCGCCACUUCCAUCAGUACCAGAAACACCACAGCCAUCAGAGGAGGCAGGAGGUGGAGAACCUAAACCUAAGAGACAGCGAAGAGAGAGGAGGAAACCUACAGCACAGCCACGGAAGCGGAAGCCAAGACGAGCUGCUCCAAUUGUGGAGCCCCAGGAACCAGAGAUCAAACUGAAAUAUGCCACACAGUCUCUUGAUAAAACUGAUAACAAGAACAAGUCUUUUUUCCCCUAUAUUCAUGUAGUGAACAAGUGUGAGAUAGGUGCUGUAUGCACAAUAAUUAAUGCAGAGGAAGAGGAGCAGAAUAAGCUGGUGAGGGGCCGAAAAGGGCAGAGGUCAUCAACACCACCUCCCAGCAAUGUUGAGAGCAAAGUACUGCCUAUUUCCUCUUUCAUGCUACAGGGCCCUGUAGUAACAGAGUCCUCUGUCAUGGGCCACCUGGUUUGUUGCCUGUGUGGCAAGUGGGCCAGCUAUCGCAACAUGGGUGAUCUCUUUGGACCUUUCUAUCCCCAGGAUUAUGCGGCCACAUUGCCCAAGAAUCCCCCUCCCAAGAGGGCCACAGAAAUGCAGAAUAAGGUCAAAGUACGGCAUAAAAGUGCAUCGAAUGGUUCCAAGACGGAUACAGAGGAGGAGGAGGAAGAGCAGCAGCAGCAAAAGGAGCAGAGAAGCCUCACUGCCCACCCUCGCUUUAAGAGACGGCAUCGCUCAGAGGACUGUGCUGGGGCCUCUCGGUCCCUUUCAAGAGGCGCUGCUUGUAAAAAGGCAACCACUGAGGGUAGCAAUGUUGGUGAAAAAGCUCCUUUGGACUCUAAACCCCCCAUGUCCACUUCAGAAGGUGGUCCUGAGUUGGAGUUACAAAUUCCUGAACUACCUCUUGACAGCAAUGAAUUUUGGGUCCACGAGGGCUGUAUUCUCUGGGCCAAUGGGAUUUACCUGGUCUGUGGCAAGCUUUAUGGGCUGCAAGAAGCUGUGGAAAUAUCUAAAGAGAUGAAAUGUUCUCAUUGCCAGGAGCCAGGAGCCACCCUAGGCUGCUACAACAAAGGCUGCUCUUUCCGAUAUCAUUAUCCGUGUGCCAUUGAUGCAGAUUGUUUACUAAACGAAGAGAAUUUCUCAGUGAGGUGCCCCAAGCACAAGGUUAAGCUGUUGAGAUAAGAAAGCGGUGGACAUUCAUGAUUGGAUGGAUUCUUUCCCACUGUGCAGUCAUGCCCCUCUCUUGAUGUGCCUGCCAAAGCCAGCACUUCCUUCAUCAACUCUUUCAUCACACUUGACCGACAACAUCACAGAAUAUGAUCAAGGAGUCUGAACCAGCUGUUUUCAUGGACACAAUCUCCAUAGUGACUAUGGGAAGGGGAGGGAAAAGAAAAGAAAGUGGGGGAAUUAAAGAGGGAGGGAUAAAAUAUAUAUAUAGAUUAUAUAUAUAAAGAUCUAUUUUUAGUCUUGAUAGACUUGUUUUAAAUGAAAGGUGCGCUAUCCCUUUUUAUGCAUUAAAUUGAAUUUUUAGGACCCAUAUAUGUUCCAGGUUACUUCUGAACAAGUAUAAGUAAAAUUCAAACAAGGCCUUUGCAAAUGGAACUCAACUUGUUUCAAAAGGAGUUAGGAGCUUGCUUAAUCAAACUUGUCUCUUCACUCCAACUUCCACAACAGAUAACCCAGGUUUUAAAGAAUAUGAAUUUCCCCCCCUGUAUGUUGAUGAAAUUGUCCGUAGGGGUGGGAGGUGGGAAUGAAUGGUUGCAGGGAAUGGGAUGUUUGUAUUUGUGUAUGUGUGAAAAGGGUUUUUUCUUUUUCUUUUUAAGAAACGCUAUUUAUUUUUAUUAAGAAAGGAAGCACCAGAAGACUCCUAUGUCAUGUGACUUGUGAAAUAAGAGUGGCUUCUACUAGCUUCAUAUACAGAUAUUCUGACCUUAUUAUACGUUACUCUGUACCAAAAGGUGGGGGAUUUGCGCUAUUCUUGGCAUUGACAAAUACUCCCAAAUCAUUCCAAGGAGCUGCUGCCUUUUUGGGGGGUAGUCUGGAGGAGGAUGUUGGCUUGCCUGCUAGAAAGGGGCAUUCAACAGGAAGUCUGAAUGUUGACAUAAUCAGUGUGUGUUAAGCUGACCAGGAAAAUCCAAUUAACCCUUCUCUUCUCUGUCUUUUGUUUCCCAAAGGAAGGAAGGGAGAAUGUCUAUUUAGCAGCCUACACCACAUGGUUACUUUUAGUUUGUUUGUACAUUGUGUAAUUUUUAAACAUUUGAGUUUUUUAAAAAACAAAACUUUUUCUCUUGUUAAGGCCUUAAGAAGGGGUUAGUGCAUCUUUCAGUGGUCACUCUGCCAUGGGAAUAAAAUAGCUGUUUCACAAACAGUUUUAUAUAAAAAACUAAAACAAACAAAAAAACCCCACAAAAAAACCUAAUAAACUUCAUUUUAACCUUG